AUGACCUCAUACGCGAUUUCUGUUGUGGCUAGAUAUAUAUAUGUAAGUGUGUGGAUGGUGUCCUUUAGAGCAGCUGCGCUACUAGCUCUGCGACAUAUAUAUUUGUGGCCGGUUGCCCUCUCCAUAGCCGGGCCAGCCAAUAUAUCCUUAUUGCACUACAGUUCGUUAAAGCCUUUCCAGUUAAUCGGGCCGAUUUCCGCGACGCCUAAGCAGCGCGUCUUCUCCAAAGCUACCAUUGGAUCCUUGGAUUUUGCCACCGACAAGCGGAAAGACACUGUUAUCGCAAAUAUAGAAGGCAGGGACAGGCAGCCCCUGGGAUCCCCAUCGGCGGGAAAGGGACAGCUAGAUGAAAGUACUGUACCCUUGGUCUACAUAGCCGACGCAUGCCGCCCGGCAGCUGGGACAUGUGACUCUCACCAACUGCGUCUCCUGAGCUUGGCUUUCAUAUGUCCGUUUCACAUACUCUUCAAGGCAAGCCCGAUGGAAGACGUGCCCGCAGAGAACUGCCACCAGGCUAUCUACAUGGCUUUCAAGGCAGAAUACGCAGUUGUCGACCUCUUCGUGAGCAGUCGGCUGCCGAGCCUGGUAGCAUCCGUGGUCGUCAGACCCUCCAGGGCUCCUGAAGGUGCUGUAGAAUGGGCGACAGUGGGCGGAGUUCAUGGUCGUGUGAGAUCCGUGACGGUUGACGCUUUGGGCCUAUGCUCACCGUCAGCACCAUCGACAACGUUAUCAGAAUGCUGCUUACCGGAGGAGAGCUUUCCCCUCCCUUUCUUCGAAACCCGCAUGAUACCGUAUCUUGGGGAAAUGCGUACAGCCCAGUGGUGCCAAUUAUUCAGGAAAACAUUCACGGCGGCGCAGUGCCUCCGCAAACUCGGAGCAGAGAUCUUCUACUCUAGGUGGUACCUGAACGUAAGGCUAUUUAUGCCGUAUUCCUGGAUCCACUGGUCGGGACUGUAG